AUGGAUGUGACUGACCUGCAAGUUUUUCCGCUUCACAAACACCCUCAGUACUUAGAAGCAUGCUGUGAAAUGAUAAAUGAAGAAUGGCCUAGAAGUAGGACAGCUAGAAUGUUGUCUUUAACAGCGUCAUGUGAUAAACUACCCACAAGUUUAAUACUUAUUGAUAGUAAAUUCAGCUUACUCGGUCAUGCUAAGCUUACUUGUCUCCCUAGUAUACCAAAUAGUUGUUUUUUAGAAACUGUUGUUAUAACAAAGACAAUGCGAGGAAAAAAACUUGGUACUUUUCUGAUGAGAGAAAUUGAAAUUUACUGUAAGAACAUAUUAAAGUUAGAAAUGAUUCAUCUAUCAACUAAGGGACAAGAGCAGUUUUACAGUAAAUUGGGCUACGAGUUAUGUCCCCCAGUUUCUAUAUAUGGGAACCCAAUGAAUAUUUCAAAGACUGAUUUAUUAAGUUCAGAAAAAGUAUUGCCUCAAGAAAAUAGUUGCAUACCACCUCCUCCUCCCAUGCCUAAACCACAGAGUAUUACGUCUUCUAACAUUAAGUCUAAUAAAACCUAUAUGUUUAAGUAUUUAUAG